AUGAAGUUCCUUCCACUCCCCGAUUACGAAGAUGUUACAAGCUCCUUGACUUUUGAUACAUCCGAUUGCCAUAUUAUUGGUUCAUGUGAACUGUACACAAUCAAGGCCGCCCGCGCAGAUCGGAAACUCCAUCAACACAUUGAAGAAUCGCUCGAAGCCCAAUAUGAAUCAAACCUCCGCCUCUCUGCCUCUUUGUCUCCACCAAAUGCCUCUGCCGCCGCCGCGGCCCUGAACCUCUCCCGAUCGAGUCCAUUUGGCCCUAUGAGCGAGGUCUCCAGUCGCCGCACGUUUGCCUAUCUGAUUGCGACUCUGAACGCAAGCCAUACCGAUUACGAAUUCUCAAACUUGCUGCGACCGGCAGACUUCCGUCAUGAGCGCCAUCUGAAUCGUAUUAUGGAGCAAUUCAAUUCAACCUUGUCAAAUCUCAAGCCCUGCGAUGCCUUCGCGUUCUCACCUUCAUCUCCCGCAACCCUGUCCGGUUCAUACACCGAUAGUCCACUUUGUGGACCGCGCAUGUGGAGAUUAGUCGAUACGCACAUGACGCUGAAGGACUGCGUCUGCUACUCUUACGCGCCCGAUGGGGAUUCAUUCGAGGCUGACCAAGGAGCUCUCUGGAGCCUUCACUACUUUUUCUUCAACCCGCAGCGCAAACGCGUCACAUACCUCUACCUACGUGCAGUUCCCCUCCAUCUCCCUCCAGACGAUGGAGUCUACACGCCCACCGAGCAAUUUACUAUGGACGAUGCUUUCCUGACACCAGACUCUGAUGGUAAGCGCAGCCGGUGGUUCUCACCUCGGGGAGAGAUCUUUGAGAAUGGUGAUGAGAUGGAUGCCAAAUCCAAGAAGUCUCGUCAUGUUGUAGAUGACGACGAGAUCAUGAUCAGCGACGAGGAUCAGCAAACCCCUGAGAAAGUGCGAGCAAUGAGUGAGGAGAUUGCAGACUCCAUGGAAGUCUAG